AGUGCGGGAAACAGCAGCAGGCUGAACGCCGCUGUCAAACACCGGCUUCGUUAGCGGACCACUCACUCCAUAACCUGAAUUGAUUUCUGCCUCCAGCAUUCAGCCUGUAGCAGGUUCUGACUCAACCCUCAGCGGGGACAUGCCGGAACCCGAGGGGACUCGUCGGUCACCGCAAGGUGUUCCUUACAGCGACCUGCCGCACAUCGUCAACGCCGACGGACUGCACUUGUUCUGUCGUUACUGGGAGCCCGACGGUCCUCCGAAGGCGCUGGUGUAUGUUGCCCAUGGAGCGGGAGAGCAUUGUGGGGGAUACGCUGACAUUGCUCACAGUCUGACCCAGCAUGGCAUUCUGGUGUUCGCCCACGACCACGUUGGUCAUGGUCAAAGUGAAGGUGAGAGGAUGGAGCUCAAAAACUUCCAGAUUUACGUCAGAGACUCCCUCCAGCACAUUGACAUCAUGAAGGCUCGGUAUCCCAAGCUGGCCGUCUUCAUCGUUGGACAUUCAAUGGGAGGAGCCAUUUCCAUUCUGACCGCAUGCGAGAGGCCGCAGGAUUUUACAGGUGUGGUUCUCAUUGGCCCUAUGGUUCAGAUGAGUGCUGAAUCUGCUACACCCUUCAAGGUUUUUAUGGCCAAAGUUCUAAACCGCUUGGCUCCUAAACUCACUCUCGGCCCAAUCGAUCCAAAAUUUGUCUCACGGGAUCCCAAACAGGUGGAGGCAUAUGAAAAGGAUGAGCUGAAUUAUCAUGGGGGGCUACGCGUCUCGUUCGGGAUGCAGAUGUUGGAUGCGACGUCUCGCAUCGAGAGAGAGUUACCAGACAUCAGGUGGCCCUUUUACAUUCUACAUGGAGACGCCGACAAACUGUGUGACAUCAGAGGCUCUCGGUUAUUGUAUAAUGAAGCCAAGAGCACUGAUAAAAAACUGAAGGUAUAUGAAGAAGCUUACCAUGCCCUACAUCACGACUUACCUGAAACAAUCGAGUCUGUAUUAAAGGAGGUGAGCACCUGGAUCCUGGAGAGAGUCCCUGCCCCUCAAACCUCUUAGCUGUCAAUCACAGCAUACACACACACAUGCCUAAGCUCCGCCCCUGUCCAAUCACAUCUCUACUUUACAGAGAGAUAUCAGCCUGCACUACAUGCAAACAAUACUAUCCUCUGUUUAAUUAACCUAGAGGUCUUUACUAAGUGACCUUUGAGCAUAAGGCAAAGCACUGGAGAUGAAAAAGGUGAAAAAUUAUCACCAUACUUCACCAGUUGACCAAUUACUUUAAGAAAUAAAUUUUUUAUAACAAGAUUUGAUAUGCUAUGUUUAAAUAUGAAACGAGGCUCAUUAAAAUAUAUUUCAAGCAUAAAAAUCUGAACUGAAGUCAGGUUCAAAAAAGAUCUUUUUGACACCACAGGGUCUUUUUUAUCACUCCAUAAUUCAGAAACUACAACGAACAGCCAGCAAAAAUAUUAUAAUAACAAUAUUUUUUAAGAAUAAAAGUUUAUAUGCAAUCAGAUAAAUUAUGUAUAGACAUAUAUCCCUUGGUAGAAACUUUCAACAUAUAGAUACAACUGACAAAUUGGUGUAAAAAUGUGAUGAAUGUAAGAUCUGAAAGCUGCUGAAAUGGAAAUAUAGUGCA